CGUAUGUAACACCGAUACAUAUGUAACGGUACCCAACGGGUUUCUCAAGCGGACACCAAGUAAUGAUUCGCCGCCGGUCGACCGUCUAAGAUGAAGUAACUGUGGCAAGACGACGGCAGUCCAUUCUUCACAGCAUGGUCACUACUGGUCAACCCAAUAACUGAGCGGCUAUAGAAGGCUUUGGAGGGGGAACGUCAGCGAAAAUGGCAUGUAACGGUGCGGCGGGGAUUUUCCGCGGUUCACUGGGGAGGAAGAGGAUGGGCUUCCUGGUGCUGAUGUUCCUGGUGAUAUUUUCAAUGAUGGCGUUUCACGUACAACGGCAGUGGAUGUUUGUACGAGACACCACGCUACUAGAGACACUAGAAUGUUACAGAUUACAGAGCGGAGCAGUGAAGAAGAACUGUAGUGCUCUGACUGACACCAGGAACUGGACAAGAAACGAGACUGUCAUCAAAGACAUCCAGGAAAAAGUGAAGCAGUUCUUCGACCCCACGGGGAACAUGUCCCUGCUGCAGUCUCAGGUCAAGCCUGGUGAUCGCAUCUGGUUCCUAAAGAGCCACUUCUUCUGGCAGCCGUCCGUGACGGUCUCCCAAACCUUCCACAACAUGCUGCCGUCCAGACCCCCGCUGGAGAACAAACACUUCCGCAAGUGUGCGGUUGUGGGGAACUCAGGAAUCCUCUCCAACUCUGGCUGCGGCCGCGAAAUCGACACUCAUGACUAUGUGUUCCGCUGCAAUCUCCCCGAGCUCGAAGGCCACGAGAGAGACGUCGGCGCCAAGUCAAACUUCACGACAAUGAAUCCGUCCGUGUUGUACACGUAUUACAAAGAGUUUGCGGAGCCAAAGCUGAAGGAGCGCUUUAUCCAGAGACUGCGCCGUUUGGGACGGGGGAUCUUGUUUAUACCUGCUUUUGUUGCAAAGUCGGAAAAAUACCACGUGCAGUGGACGAACGACAUAAUCGUAAAACACAAUAUCAGCGUACGCACGGCGUACCCAAGUCCAGACAUGGAGAAGUGGAUAAGAAGGUACUGGAAGUCUACAGAAUACAGGGUUGCCCGCCCCUCCUCGGGAAUGUGGAUGUACACCUUUGCUGCCAGUCUAUGUGACGAGGUGCAUCUCUAUGGCAUGUACCCUUUUGAUAUCGACAGGUAUGGUCGCAAUAUUAAGUACCACUAUUACGAUCCGCGGCCCUUCGCGACUAUGUACGGCGGUCACGACAUGCCGAUCGAGUUCCAAGUCUUCAAGAGUCUGCACGAGAAGGGCGCGCUACGCCUCCAGACGGACAAGUGCCAAGCAGCGCGAUAACACGCAGUCCUCCGCCACUGCGGUAUCAAUACGCAAUCUCCAAGCAGAUAUAGGGUGUGGCUCAAAGUUUUACAAUUUUCUAGGUUUUCUAGAUCUUUCUUGUGGUCCCUUUUGGGAAGAUGAAGAAACAAAAAUUUGUCUCACUAGAAAACCUCAAAAAUAUUUGUAAACACUGAGCCAGACCUUAACAUCUGCUUGGAGAUUCACAAUACGUAGUUUGAGGUGUGGUACCAUCGGAAUUAGUGUGCUUGCACCUAUCAGUGAAAACCUCAGGGGGAAUCAUUCUGACAUGAUAUACAGGUGUCAAGCCAGUCCCCCCAGUUCAUUUGCAUGAGCCUACCCCCACAUUAUUGACAUUGAAUUGACCAGUCAGGGCUUGAAAUACCUGCCUAUUAUUUGCAAGGAUACAGCUUUGUUAUUGCCAGUAAG